UAUGUUAUUGUGCUUGCCGUUUGCACCGUUUUCGGGGCCGUGGAUGGUCGUACUAUUCUUACUGGGAUUAUUCGGAUCGGCGUCGUCUACAGACGAAGAUCGAGAUCGUAAAGGACCCACGGCAGACAUUCCAGAAAAUUCAGACGCGGUUUUCCCGGAACCAUGGAUUUCCGAUUUGUUUUACAGAGCUUUGGCCGACUUUAACGUACGGGACAUCGGUAGUGACGCUUGCCGAGAACAGACUAGGACGUACGACGUACAUUUACGAAACCAUACUUAUUGGGCGGUCAGAAGUAAGUAAAAAUGAUAACAAUAUUUGUACAGUCGUACAAUAUAUGUGAUAAUUUUUAUUUUAUUAAUUUCUAUUAAUAGUGGUACUUCACUCAAAACAUUUUUUGAAAAUGUAGACAGUUUUUCUAAAAAACUAAUAAAAAAAAAUGUAAGUACGUUUUAUUUUUGAUGAUUUCUGAGUUAACUUGUCUACGAAGCAAGAAAACACCUAUAACCUAGCCGGUUUACCGAACUCCGCUCGGAAUCGUUUUAUGAUUUGAUACAUGUUAUAUGUAAAAACAAUAAUAAUGUCUGAUUAGAAAAAUAAAAUAAUCAAUUUUUAGUGUUCAAUGAAAUUUUAGAUUAAACUGUCAAAUAGGUUUGUAAACCAAAAAUAAAAAGGUUAUUACCUAUUUUAUUCGAAUGAAGAUAGGGAAAUUUCAAUUUUCUAAACAAUUUUUUAGCUGAUACGAAAAAUUUCAAAAAAUUUAACUACUUUUUUUGAUUAUUAGAAAUAUUAAACCACCCCCUCCCCACCCUAAAUUUCUAUUUACUAUAAUAUUAUUACCUAAUUAUAAUUAUAAUCCUUGAGAAACUAUUAAUAGUUAGUACCUACCUGGUACUACUUACUAAUAAUUAUUGUAGAAAUAAAAUACAAAUAUGUAAAAGUGGAAAUCGGCUAUGUAAGCUUAUUAUAAUGAAAAAAAAAAAAAAAAAACAUUUCCCCGAAUGAUUUAAUCUGCGUUAGAAAAUUAUUAUACCUGUGCGCAGCCAAGGUUCAACUAUAAAAUAAAUAACAAUGCCUUACUUAAUACGUUAAUUGAUUGAGGUUAUAAUAAUAGUUAAACGAGAGAAUAUUGUAUUAUUGAAUGAAAUAUGUUACGUGGCUACGGACUAUUGUAGGUAUACGUGUGAAACAACUGUGUGAACCCGUAUUAAAUGGGUUGAAUUGUGUGCGCACCGGAUUAUUCACAAAGGGGAUCUACACCCAAAACCGGGAGCUAAGAUUUCUAAGGUCAGGUUAGGUCUAAUAAAAUUAAUAACAUCAACAACAAUUAAUAAAAUAUAAUAAAUUAAAGUGUAUCCUUGUAACACCAAAAUUGAAUGGUGAACAUACAAUAAAAAAUAGCAAAGCGCGUGAGACCAGUGACUGAUGGUUAGAUAAUUCAUUUCCAGGAAUAAAAAAAAAAAACGUGAGUAACGAAAUAAUGUAGAUAACCGUACUAUGAACAACGACGUGCCUCCCCUCUUCCGCACGAGCAUAUAUAACGCCGCCCGAAUCACCGUCUAACCCAGUGGUUCCCAACUCAACAAUAGGCACGGACCACUUUUAUAAAUUUUUCACCGUCACGGACCACUCCCUGAUUUCAACUCCCCCCCCCUCUUUAUAUCACUUAUUUUUUUUAUAGUUUUAUAUAUAGUUUAUAAUUUCUAGGUACAAAAUAAAAUCAGAAAUACAGUUUAUGUCGUGGAAAAAUAUUUUAACUUAUUUAUUUAAAAAUUUAAUUUAAUUAAAAAAGCUGAUACAAAUUUAAAUUUUACAUUUUACGAACUUAUAUUAAUUAACUUAUUCAACGAGAAAAAAAUACAACAAAUUUAUAUUAUAUAAAUAAGUAUAAAUAAAUAUAACACGAUUAAAAUAAUAAUAGAUAAAAUACUAAUUAAGAUAAAAUACGAAACGAGUAGGUAAUACCUACGUGAUAAUAUUAUCGACAGAUUAUGAGACAUAACUAGUAAUAGUUACCGUAAUAUAAUAGUAUAGUGGAAAAACGCAGAUAAAUAUUUAUCACAAUUCAGCUAUACCCGCAUGACCGAAUGUUAUUUAUAUCCGUACAUAAAUUGUCAUCGGUCGCGAUAGUGUGUUAUCUGGCUGUUAGGCGCUAAGCCGUUAAUAAUAAAAAAUAUCAAGUAUAAUUUCGCUCAUUUUUUUAAAUGUAAAUUUUUUUAUUCGCGGACCACUUAAGAUGAGUCCACGGACCACCAGUUGGGAACCACUGGUCUAACCGGACGGUUCCACCACGAUCAAAUGCGAGCUACUUCGCGUCAUUCUAUUUUAUGAAUCUUUUUGGACUUAUUGAAACGACUACCUACUUUUGAUUUUCAAACGGCAACCUAUGAAUUUAAACAUCAAAAUUUAUUUUAACUACUACUCCAUCUAUUUAUGAAAUUUUUAAUACAGGUUGCCAUUUGAAAAUCAAAAGUAGAUAUAGUACUUUCCCCCCCAAAGAUUAUGGUGACAAAAAUAACAUAAAUGAAGUGGAUCGUAUUUUGCGCAUUCAAAAUUUCUCUGUAUUUAUUGAAAUUCGUCUACAGGAGAACACAACCACUUUAACCGGACACAAAAAUACUGACUAUAAAAAAAUAAAAUGCUUUUAGACUUAAUAUUGCACUUAUUAUUUUCCAGUGGCAGAAUCGUGGAGUCGAUAUCCUCACGGUAUACUGGCUGGCAAUAAAUAUCACUUAGGAGUUUACGACGAAUGUGUCGAUGUACAUUAUCCGAUUAUAGGCCAGUACUGUUUAUCCGAAAUAAAAUUAAUCUCGCUGCAGACUGCAGGGAAACUGUACGAAAAUAAUAGAACCCAAGAUCCUAAAUCCUUUGAUCACGCCUGGCGUACAGUAUUGAAAGUAAAUAGUUAUACCUACAUUAACAUUGGAUUAAUUUUAGUUACUAACCAAUGAUAUUUAUAUUAUGGAAAAUUUGUAACAACUUACUAUAAAUUAUUACGGAUUUACUAGUAUACUGUUUAACAAUUACACGUAACUAUAUCCGAAUAAGGAAGAAUAGUAAUUAAACGCGAACAACUAUAACUAUUACAAUGACCAAUAUAAUAUUGUUAUGAUUUCAAUCAUUAUGAUGAUACACAUCUACAAAUGAUUUUCAAAAGUUAGGACGUGUCUUAAACUCCAUAUUAUAGUCUAUAAUUUGAUAUGAAACCAUUUGACGAGGAGACUGUAGGAGCUAAUUGUAUUAUUUCAGUGGGUCGAUUACCCGGAUCGAAUUCAACGGAAUAUUAUUAGUCUUGGAAUAUGCAUACCGUAUUCGUGUACAGCAUCAGACCUACAGACAUCGUUACAAGAACAAUUGGACGAAGUGUUCUUACCGGAACGGAUCAACGCCUCCGUAAAAGUGGAUCCGAUAAUGUGUACCAUCAGCGAAGAUAAGUACCCUUAUAAUGCGGCGUACUAUGUAACCAGGUACUUAUAUAAUCAUGUAAAUAUAAUCAUUGACACAUCGAUGAACAUGACUGCUAUACCACUCACCAUCUAAAUACUCCUUUUUGGAUCAGUUUGACUUAUUAUGUUCUAUGAGUCCGAAAAUUCGAAUGUUAUAGUAGUCAUGCCGAACGUAAAACUUUAAAACCAUGAAUACCAUAGCAUGGUACUGUCCAUCAACAUGUUAAUGGUUUAUUUUUGUAUUGUGCGUCUGUUAUACCUAUAUCUUGUCCCGGUACAUUUGGACUCUUAACGGCUCCUUUAGGAUCAAAUGAGUUCAAACUCAAAAAUUAGAGUUUGAUACCUAAUCAUUACCGGAAGAUUAUCCGCUACUUUAUACAAUCGAAAAAGGAAAGGGGUAGUAGACCGUGAAAUAGAGCAAGAGGUGGGCAUAGAUGUGGUAAUUGGACAUUUAGUAAAUGCAAAUCAUGUACAUACAGAGGCAUAGCAAGAAAUAUUUUUCUAGGUAGGCUAGAUAAAAUGAUAUAGGGGUUUGAAUGAGAGAGACUACUAAUAUAUAUUUUUGAAAAUUGUGUUAAUUUUUGGAGAAAAAUGGGUUGGUCCAGGCCUAACAGGCGUGCCUGCUUGCUACGCCACCGUGUACAUAAAUACAAAUUAAAUUAAAUUAAAUGUAUAAAUGUUUAAUAUCAGUGAGCAACUUUGCACAACUAUUUUAAUUAUCGAUUUUAAAAAAAUGAAACAUUGUAAGAGUAAUAAGUCGACUGGAGAAAAAUGCAGUUUAUUUAUUUAUAAUAUUAUAAUUUAUAAGAGUAAGAGUUAAAUCUUGAUGGGUUUUCUCUAAAAUUGAGAUGAAACGGUUGACAUUGUAACGAUUUUUUUUUUUUUUUUUAGAACGUUCUUCCAAAUUCUCAUUUUAAUCUGUUGUAGUGCAACUAUAUAUCAUUUAAUGAUAUUAUGGUACCAAGAAAAUAAAAUCGAAUCCGGAAAGUAUAAUUUUGAGAAACUUGCAUGGACUUGCAUUAUUUAUGAUAAAUAAUUGUGUGUUUGUUUUUUCAUGUUUUACAGAUUCAUUUGUCCGUUGGUUUUCGUUCAUCGAUUCGAGUAAAAAUCUAUUAGAAUACGAUAAAAACAAUGAAUUGAAUGUAUUCAAUGGUUUAAAAUCUUUUAUCAUGUUAUUGAUUUUAUUAGGUCAUAGAUUUAUGUUUAUAGCGGGAAACCCGAUGAGUUAUCCCGAACUCAUAGAGAGAGUAAGUCAAUUAGUUAUAUUUUACAAUAUUGGUUUUCCCGGUUUACUUACUUAUUUCUUUGGAAGUUUCACCUAUAUUUUGUAUUAUUAUGGUAUUAAAUAAUAAUAUAUAAAAACAGGUGUAUCAGAACGGACCUGUAAUUUUAUUAACGAGUUUGAACAUAGUCGAUUCAUUUUUCAACAUGAGCGGAUUUUUCACGUACAUAAUUGUUUAUCCGAUAUUUUUGAAAUCAGGAUCAAUUUGGAUAAAAAUAAUAUCCCCGAUUGUCUAUCGGAUAAUAAGGUAAACCACGUAGCUUUUUAAGUAGAAAAUCACAUAUAUUUUAACAAGUUUCGAAAUCAAAAGUGAAUUCAAAUUUGAAAUAAUUAUAAGUUUUAGGUAUCCGAAUAUAUUCGGCUCUAUAUCAACCAGAUUAUUAUCAAUUCAACAUAGUUUUUUUUUAUCUAUUUUUAAAUUUUUUAUUUAUGUGAUUUUUCUUACAGUGUAUGCACGUUUCGACGUAAAACACUUGUGUUCAUAUAAAUAUUCGCGUUUUUCGAGCAAUAUUACUAUAUAGAAUUAACACGCUCCAAUACCAACGUUUUCCCCGAUAUUUACACCUAAAUUAUUUUAGAAUAUUACCGGCAUAUUGUGCAAUGAUGGCGAUCACUGCUCAUAUCGUGCCGCAUUUCGGAGAUGGGCCAUUAUGGCCUCAAAAAACGUGGAUUGAAGCAGAAAACUGUAAAAGUUAUUGGUGGACGAAUGUUUUGUUCAUAAACAAUUUACUCGAUGUGAAACACGAAGUUAGUGUUAACCGGGUCCUCAAAUCAAAAACAAACUAAAAGAAAUCCAAAUUCACUCUGCUGGUUGCAUUAUUUAUUUUUAUUUGGUAUUUUUACUACAGUGCCUUCUGAUGAGCUGGUACGUGGCAUGUGACGUUCAAUUAUUCGCCAUCGGAGUCAUUAUCGUUUUCGUAUACGCGAAAAACAAGAAAUACGGAAUCGGAUUACUCGGUAUUAUGAUGUGCGUAUCGUUAUCCGUGCCGUUCGUCAUCACAUAUGUGACAAAAACGGACGCAAUAGUUCGAGUACAUUUACCGUAAGUAAAAUCGGUGUUGACGACAUCAAAUACAUCCGAUUUAUUAUGAUUAUGUUAAAAAUCAAAAAGGAAUUAAUUUAGAUAGAAUUAAGACAAAUAUUUAGUACUUACUCGUUUUGUUUUCGAUCUCAGGCCAUUUAAUCGAUGACAAUUGUUAACUGUAGGACGUAUUGAUUUCGUCCCUUGUCAUUUGUGAUAGCAAGAGAGUAGUUUGAAUUGUUAGCGAUAAUCUAUUGAAUGAAUUUUUUAUUGUUAUUUUCCACGUUUUUCGAAAUUUGUCUAAAUUUGUAAUGUUUACGAUUUUUAAUUGUAAGUAAAACAAGUUGUGUAUCCGCUCAAUUUUUAUUUUUAUUUGAAAUAAUAUUUUAUGGCAAUCAUGUAUGAAAAUGUCCGCCACUUUGUUUUACUUAGUAGCACUUAUUCUGAAAGUCCAAUUUUCAAUGACUUUUCCGCAUAAAUCUGGCCUUACAUACUGUAUGGCGUUGGUUAUGUUUUUAAAUAAUUUGUCAGGAUGCAUUUAAUGCUGGUGUAUCUCAAGUAGAUUGUUAACAUCCCAAAUCCGAUAAUUCGUCGAAAAAUGAACUUUGUCGUUAAAAAUUAUUCGUUUGCCCAUUAUACACAAUGCGGUAUACAAUACACAGUGGUCACGGAGUAUGGACAGGCAAAUACAAUUUUUGCACCAGUCGCACAUGCGUUUUUGACCAUUUCGGUCCCACUACUGACACAACCACCGUUUGACUUAAUGUGGUGUGUAAUGGUGGUGUGUUGGUGCACAAACGAAUAUUGCACCGCUGCUGACGGUGACUGAGAAUAUUAUGUAUUGGGAACUGAUUAUUUAUUUUGAAUAAUAUUAAAUAACAUUAAACACCAGUGGCUGGUGUUAUCUCCAAAAAUACCUGCUCUAUAAAAAGUACUGACCGACCCGGUUUACAUUCAAUUCCUAAAUAAUAUUAUUUGAUACAACAAAAACAAACAUAAUUCCCUAAUAUAUUGUAGUUUUCUAUCUAAGAACCUCCAAUAUAAACAAAGACAAUUAUAUUUUUAUUUCAAUAAAAUAUUUGUUUUAGUUUCUGUUUUCUGAAUUUACUUAACUUAUUGUGUACAAUUUUAGUGGCCGCGAGCCGCCACUAGAUAAGUACGUAAAAUAGUAUUAAUUAAUACCGCAAUGAGUAUGUACAAUAAUGAUGACGAAAUAAUAAUUGAUUUUAGAUUUCUAGAAAAUCCGAGGAGUUCUUUAACACACAAUAUAUCGUACAGACCGGGUUACAUGCGAGUCACGCCUUAUUUAUUGGGUUUGGUCGAAGCUAUGAUAGUGGAAAAAAUGAAGGAAAAAAAUUUUAAAUUUUCAAAGGUAAGAACAUCUGCAAUAAAAGUAUUGUAUACCUAAUAAUAGGUAUUGUUUUGAAUCUACAAAAUGACGUUUUGAGUGCCUUUACUGGCGUAUAGAAUAGUUUGAUUUCCUAAUAUAUCUCAAAUUCAAGUAUAAUACUCGUAUAUAAUAAUUAUAUUUAGAUUACUGUUUUCGUUGGUUCGAUAUUUAUACCUGUGAUUGUAUUAUGGAUUCAAUUUUACGGAGCCAUAUUUUAUGUGAGAGACAGACCUUAUUAUCCAUUAGAACAAGCGUUUUAUUCUACCGUAAAUCAUUGCACGUGGUCUCUAUAUGGUAUGUGGAUGUGCGUUUGCAAUUUCACGACUGGUUACGGUUAGUCGACCACAUAACUAUUUAAUGCAAUUAUUAUUCAAACUGGAAAAAUACUGCAAUACAUCAUAAGUUAUUACACCCAUUUUAUCAUUAUAUUAUAAUAUACGACAUUAAUGUUUUUGAUAGGUAUUAUUACAAAAUGGAACAACAAUAGAUUAGUUGUGCCGUUAGGGAGACUCUCGUAUUCUGUAUUUUUAGUAAACCUCACGGUAAUGAUGAUGUCUCAGAGUUCACAAAGAUCGCCCACGUAUCCAUCGACGAAAUCUUUGGUAAGACCAAUAAAUAUUAAUACGACUUGAAAAAUCUCGAUCGACUUGUUAAAAAUUUAAACUUGUAUAGAUAAUUUCCACCAGUUUUCGGUGGAUGCAAAUGUAGUGUUCUAAUGGAAUUGGAAAUAAUUUAAAAUUAAAAUGUGUUUUUAGCUAGAUGCGUGGAUAUACGAUACGUUCAAAACUUAUCUGAUGGGUUUGGCGUUAUAUUUGGUCGUCGAAGCUCCGUUCGGGAAAUUGACUAGAAAACUGUUCGGACGAGGGUAAAUACUUCGUGUUAAUCAUAUUGUAUAAUACGUUUCCAUAUCUUGGUAUUUUAGUUCCUUUAAUGGGUACUUUGAAAGUACAAAGCUCGGUUUGGAAAUUAUUAGGACACAAUUAUUUAUUUAUAGAAACAAUUACGAUCAUAUUUAUCUGGAUUUCGAUUGGGUUCGUUUUAAUGGGUUCAUGUGGCUCGAUAUAGGUUUACUGUAAAUUACGAUUCAAUCGAAUUGAAAAUAAAUUGAUACAUUUUUCAAUCGUUUUAAAUUCUGAGCGGAGCGAGGAAUGUGUUGAUUUUACAAUAUUUAUUUUUUUUCCGUGUAAAACUUUUCUACCAGCAAUUUGUCCACGAUUAUCACGAGUAUAGCACUUUUUCUGAAAAGAAAUCUGACUUGAAUGGUACUUAGGGAAAUCAUUUUUUUGAUUUUCCCAAUUCUUUUCAUAAUAAAUUGGAAAAACACGGGAAAACGAGAAAAUUUAAAAAACGUAAUAUAUAUUUAAUUUUUUUGUUUUAUAUUGAUUCAGUUAAAAAUAUUUGUAGACUUGAAGUUCGGACAGAAAACUUAUAUUUGCCUUUUCUAGAUGUAGUCGAUUUUCAAAACAUUGUAGUCAUUCUUAAGCUAUUUAUGGACAUUUUAAUUUUACGGGGCUUAAUAUAAGUGGCGUACUUUUUGGUCAGAAAACAAAAACUGAGUGCGAUACAGAAUUUUUUUUACAAUAAUCUUGAUACCAAAGUUUGAUAAAAUCGAUUUAGUCAAAAAAUAUAUGUAUUUAUUUUGUGAUGUAUGACUAUUGAAAAGUAUAGUUAAUUAAAUUAUUUUCGACAAUAUGAUAUAUUAUAUAUUGUUAAAAAAUCACUAUUUACCAAAUUCCGCUCAGAAUCAUUUUUCGUGAGCAAUGGUUUAUUGUUAUGUAUAGAUAUAUAAUACAUUAAAUUUCCUCUCUACCGUUCCAACAGUAGCCCAUUCAUCGUGCGAAGUAUGUCCGUCCAUUUUCCAUUCGUAUUUUAUUCUAGAAAGAACAUAAACACGUCAAACACAGCGGAACUAGCUGUCAGCGGCAAAGACAUUGAGUUACCACAAUCGGAACAAACAACAAUACCGAAAAUCGAACAUGAUUCGAAUACUCGUAUUUCGUAG